UCUGCCAGGAGGAAGCCCAGGGUAGGAGCUGUGCCAGGCAACAGCUGGCACGCUAUGGAGCGUCGGAGCAAGAUGGAGUUUUUCCAGAAACUGGGCUACAGCCAGGACGACGUGGUCAGGGUGCUGGGCAAACUGGGCGACAGCGCGUUGGUCAACGACGUGCUACAGGAGCUGAUCCAGACUGGUAGCCGCCCGAGGGUCCAGGACGAUCCGGCCAACAGCACUGGGGUAGUGCUGACGCCCCGGGGAUGCUGCGGAGUCCGGGACUCUGCCCAGCAGGGCCUGGGACCAGGCCUGGAAGAGGCUGGCGGAGAUCCAGCCAGUUACCUGCGGCCCAUAGUGAUCGAUGGCAGCAAUGUGGCCAUGAGCCAUGGAAACAAGGAAGCCUUCUCCUGCCGGGGAAUUCGUCUGGCUGUGGACUGGUUCAGGGACAGAGGACACACCUACAUCAAGGUUUUUGUCCCAUCUUGGAGGAAAGAGCCAUCAAGAUCUGAUACCCCCAUCAGAGAGCAGCACGUGCUGGAGGAGCUGGAGCGGCAGGCUGUGUUGGUGUACACCCCAUCCCGCAAGGUCAACGGCAAGCGAGUGGUCUGCUAUGAUGACCGCUACAUUGUGAAGGUGGCCUUUGAGAAGGAUGGCAUCAUUGUCUCCAACGACAACUACCGGGACCUGCAGAAUGAGAACCCAGAGUGGAAAUGGUUCAUCGAGCAACGACUGCUCAUGUUCUCCUUUGUAAAUGACAGGUUCAUGCCUCCUGAUGACCCCCUGGGCCGCCGUGGACCAACCUUGAGCAAUUUCCUAAGCAAGAAGCCAAGGCCCCCAGAGCCGUCUUGGCGGCACUGUCCCUACGGCAAGAAAUGCACCUACGGGGUCAAGUGCAGAUUCUACCACCCGGAGAGGCCACACCACGCGCUGCUGCCCGUGGCCGACGAACUCCGCGCCAAGACGCGGGCCUGCCCGGGCGGUGGCGCCGAGGAGCAGCGGCCACCGAGUGUCCGGAGCAGCCCCGCACCACCCCGGCCGCUUCCCCGGGAGCCCGGCGCGCACAGUCUCCCACCGGCGCCACAGCCGGCGACCCUGGGCGCCCUGAACCUGAGUUUCUCGCGGCUGACCUUCAGCGAAACCCCGGCCAGCUGCGUCUCGUCCCAGACGCGGGAGCCCGACUGGAUGCCCACAGGUGGCCCCUCGUCCUGGGCCGUGCCAACCCCUCGCGCGGGCAGCGCUGCCGCCCCGAGGUCGCCGGGGCUGCGAGGCCUCCGGACUCUGAACAGCCCGCUCUCCUUGGGCGAUCUUGGGUCCCCAACCUGCCCGCAGGCCCAGCCGCCAGACGGACACCCUUCCAGGGACAUGCACAGUGACUUGCCUCCCCAGCGCAGAUCCCUGGAAGAUCCGUGGAACCUUCUGUCCAGCUCCUACCGUUAUCUGAGUCACCCAGCCUGGGCCGAGUCUGCUUGGGGCGAGGACGGCUUUAGAGGACCUUCGGGGUCAGCACAGCCAGCAGCCAAUGGUGGGGGAGCACGCACUGCCUUCCGCAGUGUCUUCCCAACUGAUCAAGGGGACAGUGGGAUGGCCUCGGAUCCUGCGCUCUCCGACCUGGCUCUGCUCACGCUCCAGCAGAGAUCCCAAAGGACUGGUGCGCAAUUGGGGGACCCUUAAGAAGCAGGUUCACAGCACUGCAAGGAAUUGCAGAGGCUUGACUUGCACCUUGGACAGGUGGGAUGCAAGACGAUUGCCACCCUGGAUGUGAGUCACCAUUAUUGGUCCCCUGUCUGCAGGAGACUUCCUUCUCAUCCAGGAUGGUGGAUACCCAUGGCGAUCUUGGUGAUGCUCCCAGGGCCUGCUGAAUGGGCAGGAUGCUUUCUGAUGUGUUCAGAACACGUCUGUGUUUGGUUCUAAGUACCAGCCACAAAACGUUUCAGCUGGCCAUCACCACAAACCAAAGAGAACACCCAAGUAAUCAAGAUGAGUUUGAUACAAACUCUUGCUCUGUAAGCGUGUGUGUGUGUGUGUGUGUGUGUGUGUGUGUGUGUGUGUGUGUGUAUGUGUGUGUGUGUUUAAGACUCUAGGAAGCCAUGAGAAUGUGGGUCAUGGUUGAAAGUCUGAAAAAGACUGGUAGACAAUCUUGACUUUCGUGGCACCAAAUAAUCUUUAAAAAUCUGUUCAGGUGACAUGGGAAGGAAGGAGUCGAUGCCUAAGGUUUUCAUGUCACCCUUGCUAACCUCACUCAUAGGGGAACACAGCCUUCUGUAAAUUUUUAGUGUGGGGCUGUGAGGUGCUGUGGGUGCCCCCAGGGGCACUUGAACCUAAGGGUCUUCUGACCAGUUCUUCACUCCUUUUGUGCAUACAUACCAUACCACUCAAAUAUCAUAACACACACACACACACACACACACACACACACACACACACACACACACACAGAGAGAGAGAGAGAGAGAGAGAGAGAGAGAGAGAGAGAGAGAGAGAGAGAGAGUCUUGCUCAAGGAUCAGCCUAUUUUGUUUGUUUGGUUUGUUUUGUUUUUUCAAGGCAGGGUUUCUGUGUAGCCUCUGACUGUCCUGGAACUCACUCUGUAGACCAGGCUGGCCUCGAACUCACAGAGAUCCACCUGCCUCUGCCUCCUGAGUGCUAGGAUUAUAGGCAUGGGCCACCACAUCUGGCUUGCUUUUAUUUUUUUAAUCAGCCUUCCAUUGUGGUGAAUCUACAAAACAAAUUUCCAAAUCAUACAUUACAGAAAUAAAACUCCAAUCUAUCUACCACCCCUUCAACAACAACAAAAUAACCUCCAGGUGGGUAGGCAUAGAGUUGGAUUCUGGUGGAGGUUAUUGUAACUUUUACUUAGCUGGGUCUUUUAGACAACUUUGGGUCUGGGUUUGGGGGAGAACAGACUCAUUCAUUUGCAAGGGACAAGAAAUGAAAUCGUGAUGCUGGAGCAUGGACCCAGCAUUCUUAGGGAUCCUGGCGUCUCUAGGCAGCACCCACAUGUUCAGGUUACAGUGGUAUCCUGCCAGGUUGUAACUCAUUUGUUCCUGAGGGACUUGGUAUUUCAGCUGGCUGGAAAGAUUGUGAAGAGCCUGCCAAUGGCCUUUGUUUGCCAAAGCCUCCACGUUCCCUGCAGUGUGUUAGGUGCACUGGGGAAACGCCACUUUAUUAAGAGGCUGUGUUUGUUGUUGGCACAGCAAAGGUUUGCCUUGGGGAGAAUGCUGUUGCGGUAUUCAUGGUAAACUUGACUCCUUGGCACCAGGGCAGCCACAUGGCUUCCUGUGAGUCUUCCCUCUUUUAAAACCACGUUCUUAGCAUGGCUUCUUGUAGAUCUGUUCCUCAUCCCCCUUUUCAAAGCAGACACUGCUCUUAGAGUGUUACUUUUUUUUUUUUUUUCCUUCAGGAGUGUGUUUCCUUUCCACGAGACAGGCUCAUCCCUGUUAGAGCCACUGUUGGAUUCCCGGACCCUGUUCCCUGCUCCUAAUCAAUGCAUUGCAAAUGUACGGUUGGAAAUGUUUGAACGGCUUCCUCUGACGACAAGUUUGAGUUUUAGUAAGCUGUAAAGCUAUUUGAUUUGGUUCACUCUGGUUAAGACAGGUACAGGGGGAGAAAAGAAGGGGAAAACCCCAACACAUCUCAAGUGUAACCACCUUUGGAAAUUUUCCGAAGUCUUAGUAUGUCUUUGCGACACAAAUACAUAGAUGAGAAGCAUGAACGGACCAUCCCCGAUUGCA